GCGCUGGGCGCCCGCGCCCGCGCCGGCACCGCAGGCCGGCGCGCCCGCGCGCCGCAGGGUGGUCAUCGUCGGUGCUGGCCCUGGGGGCCUGGCGCUCGCGAGCUCGCUGUCCCGCAUCCCGGGCCUGGACGUCCGGAUCCUGGAGGCCCGGGCGGCCAACAAGGGCAGCGCCCGGUCCCACAGCAUAGGCCUCGGCAGGAGGGCGAGGGAGGCCUUGAUCGCCGUGGGCGGCGAGGAGCUGUGGCGCCGCGUCAAGGAUCGCAGGGGUUCGUGGCCAGUGGCUUCUGUCUCCACCUCAACGGCUUCGCCCUGGAGCUGCCGCCCCCCGAGGGGGAGCCCGUUGUGCUGGUGGACCGGUGGAAGAUCUGCGAGGCCAUCUCCGACAUCGCGUCGGUGGAGCACGCGCCGGGCACCACGAUCGCGGUGGAGAGCGGCGUGCGGGUGAGCUCGGUGGACCUGGUCCAGAGGCGCCUGGCGCUCGACCGCAGCGCCGCGGCCCCGCAGGAGGAGGAGGAGGGAGGCGUGCUGCGGAGCCUGCUCUUGAGCGGGGGCGGUAGCAGCAGCAGCGAGGACACCAUGUCGUGGGAUCUCCUGGUGGGGGCCAGCGGUGUGCGCUCAACGGUCCGCCAGGCGAUGAGUACCCAGUUGCCCGCCAGCGCCUUCGAAUCAGAGGUAAAGACGCAGCCAGGUCGCUGGCAGGUGCUCAACAUGGGCCUCCCGCCUGCCUUCGUGGCUGGCAGCGUGCACGCGAUGGUAAACUCGAAGGCACCCUUUGGUCUCUUCUGCAUCCCCAAUAUCACCGGCGAACACUGCAUCAUCGUAUCCUGGAGCAACGAGGAGACGCCCGAGGAGCUGAUGCGCGCGAAGACUCCGCGGGAGCUCGAGGAUGCCAUCCUGAAGUACUUCCCCAAGGUGGGCCACGUCCCCGAGGACGCCGCGAGGCAGUUUAUCGAGAGCCAGGCCUCGAGAGCGGUGUUGAGUCGCUGCCGCCCGUUGCACGAUGCAGAUGCCGGCGUCUGCGUCCUCGGCGACGCCGCUCACGCUGUGGGCGGCGGCUCGCUGGGCCAGGGAUGCAGUGCUGCGCUGACGCCGCGGCGCUGGGCCAGUGCCUGCUGGAUGCCCAGGCGGCGGAGGGGCUGCCGGAGGAGGCAUCGGAGGGCUUCCACGCGGCCCUCUCGGAGGCCCUGGCGGCGUACUCCGAGCGGCGCGCGGAGGAGGGCUGGGCGCUGCUGGACCUCAUCGAGCUGCAGGCCGCCAACGAGCUGCGCGCGGGCGCGCUGCUGCAGGGGCCUGUGGUGAUGGGGUUCCUCAUCGAGCAGGUCGCCCGUGGGUCCCUGAAACCCCUGGCCGAGCUGGGGUCGCGCAUGCUCGGCGCGCGGCUGCAGAAGAACGAGAGCUUCAUCAGCAGCGAGCUCGACGCGGUGCCCCUGCUGGGCCUCCUGCACGAGCGGGUGGCGCUGGGCACCUGGAAGCGGUUCUUUGACGGCGUGGCGAGGCUCAAGCCCGACAUGCAGACCGCGCUGAUGGCCACGGACGAGCCGUACAGCGAGCUGGUGAACCGCAACACGGCGUGGCUGGAGCUGCUGCAGGUCUCGAGGGAUUCCUUCGGGGCGCAGCAGGUGCAGGUCGUCCGCGGCAUCGAGGUUCUGAGGGGCCUCCCGGACUCGACGCUGCUCGACUGGGCCGCGGCCUUCACCCCGCAGGAGCGGCUCCAGGGCGACGUCAUCGUGCGCCAGGCGGUCUCGGUCAAGAGCUUCUUCGCCAUCCGCUCCGGCACCUGCACGGUGCUGAGGGACGGGGCCGAGGUCGCCACGCUCGGCCCGGGCGACCACUACGGGGGCAUCGCGCUGCUCCUGGGCGUUCCGAGCUCCACCUCGCUGGUGGCCUCCACCGACGCCGGCCUCCUCGAGAUGCCGCGCGAGGUGUUCCUGCGCCUGGUGGAGAGGCAGGGGCCCGAGCUGCGGGCCGCGCUCUCCGCGCCGGCAGACCGCUUCCACCUCGGGCUGGACGGCGUGGCCAGCGAGCAGGAGAAACUGCGAGGAGCAGGGUGCGCUCCCUGCUGUCGGGCCGGCCCGAGCUCGCCGCCUGGGCGGAGGAGCACCUCGACGCGGCCGUCUGCGAGAUCCACGCGGAGGGUGAGGUCGUCACGCUGGACGAGCGAGAGAGCCUUCGACUCUUGGAGUGCGGGUCCGCCUCCGUGGUGCUCCGAGGCGCCGAGGUGCGCCGCCUGAGUCCUGGGGACUUCUUCGGGCCAGGCCUGCAGCCCGGGGAGCAGGUGGUGGCAAGAAGCGAUCAGACCUUGGUGUGCAGAUUCCACAGCAGCGCGUCCGGCGCGAUACUUGCGGGCAUCGCCUCGGCGGCCGAGGUGGCCGCGCGCUGACAAGGGAGCCACUUCACGGCUGCUGUGUGUUCAUAGCUUUUUUCACGAGCUCUUUCCGCAGGCACGCACAUCAAUCAUGGGAAGCAGGGCUCAUGGAAUUGAGGCCCAAUAUUCGAACCUUCCGUUGAGCCUAAUCGACUGCGGCUCUCGUUGCCAGUGCCUUCACUGAGCCAGGCCGCAUCAGGUGCUCCAGCGAGGUCGCAGCGCUGCGCACACGUUGCCAGCACAGCAAGCGAGGUGAGCGGUGUAUGAAAUUCGACAGGUGCGGCAUGUCUACAUUUUCGUGUUUUGCGUGUCUCCCAUCAGUGCCCCUUGUGAUUUACUUUCUUUGUGAAUGCUACUGCAUCACCGCAGUCACCUGCACGUGCCAUGUGGCAGAGCAUGGCCAGGACUCGAGCGCAUCGCGUGCAGGCUUGUCGCUUGUGCACAAUGUAGACUGCGAUUCCAGUACAGGAUUGGGCAAUUCUUGGCGCUUCGCGUAUUCCUUUGCCAGGGCUAGGAUCAGGCUAAUUCAUGGCUAGAAGAUGCCCCCCGACGCCUUCCAAAUCGUGGCCUGGUCAUUCUACCAAACUCUGGUUGGCAGCAAGUUGCAUGGCUGAGUCUCACCUCUCUGUGCAGGCCUCUGGUGGAGCCAGGGCGCGGAGCCACCGCUCGAGUGGCUUCGUUUUGGCAGACGGUAUGACGGGACGCUUGCAGGGAUGUGUGACUUGUUCGAUCUCCGUAUGGUGAGACCCUUCCACGAAGGGCAAAGACGGGGACAGUUCCGGAAGAAUUCGUACCCUGAGCCGCCUACGCCCAGAGGGCCAGUGGGAUUUUCAGAAUCCGUUUCGUUGUGCGUGCAGUGUUGUUCAUAUGCCGGAGCCUUGCCCGCGGUGCCCACUUGUAGCUUGUGUGCAUGCCCAGCUGUCUGCCUCGAAACCGCCGAGUGCUGGCAGGCUGCAGUGUGUCUGGACGGCAAGGUUGGACACCGCGGCAGGGGGGCGCCGCGCGCCCCAGGCCGGCAGAGCGGAGGAAGAAAAAAACACUUCCGCCAGACGCCUCUGGCGGGCAGGACAGCCCUGAGCACGGAGAGCGGCUAAUGUUCAGCACGCGGCCCUCGCGUGCGUGCCGCGCCCAGGUCGCUGUUUUAAAAGUUCGCAGCAGGUUUUUGACUGUACGUGGGGCGCCGCUUCCUGCAUGGGGCUCGCGCCGUGGCGCCGGGCGCACACUCGUCCUGACAGCCUGCAGCAGCUUCUGGGACGG